UAGAAGCCAAUGGGCGGUAAUACACCAUCUAAACGCAUUUAUUGAUGUUGAAGCUAUUACUCCUGUUCUACAAAGAAUGAUAGCAGAUGUAGCAACAACCAUCGCCACCGGGCCAACUACGGCCCAGACAAAAGCGUUGAUCGUCUGCGACAUGCAGCCGGAUCUGCUGAAAUCUUUACCACCCGCACGUCGCCAAGCCUUGCUUGAUACUGUGAUCGUGACCGUGGACGCCGUCCGGAAAGCCCCGCCGUCCAAAAUCAUCUGGACCGGAGUUCGCUUUUUGGAUCCGACGUUCGCUAGCGAAGUGUCCUACACACACCGUCUAUACGGGGCCUUGCGACGAUUGUACGACAGUGCGCCCAAGGGAACGGUGCAAUGGUUCGUAGCGGGCACCUACGGAACCGCUAUAGAUCCAGCCUUAUUGCCACUUGACGAACAAGACCGACCGCACGAGGACAACGAUCAGGAUAUAAUUUCCUGGCGUUCGCAGCACCUUCCAUUGGAACUUGCCGAGAUCGUUAAAUCUCAAGGCAUCGUCGAGUGCACUGUGGUGGGCUACAAAGCCAGCUACGCCGUCCAGGCAACAUGUCAAGUUUUGUGCGAUGCCAGUAUACCUGUACAAGUGGUUAUCGACGCUGUUGAGGAUGAUAAUUCGGCCCGACGGCAAGCCGUCAUAAAACACUUGUUACCGAUAUAUGCCGAAUGUAUGGAUUUAUCCACUUUUCUCAGCAACACGGUGGAUAUGGAUUCGUAUCAAGUACCACCGCAGCUACACCGCGGGCAAAAACCAUUGCUUUCUACGAGUAGCGACGAGUAUACGAAGAGAUCCUGGACUGCAGGAGCCGUUCGGUAUUUUGCCGACUGUGGACGGGGUGGGCACGGACCCAUUUACCGACAACACUUAAUGCAACAGCCGUGGCCCGUCCAAGAAUGGUAUGCCGAUCACCUUCGAGGCCAAACCUACCGUUGUCCCGUGGGUAAGCGUGUGGUGGAUUUUUGCGAUGAACCACAAUUUAGUGGUAUAGCAAUGUUUUUGAAAGGAAGGGAAUGGCUAGACGAGAAGGAAAAAUUGAUAACUCUACGGUAUGACAAUACCAUCCUGCAGAUACCACCAACCUUUGUGAUUCGCCAGGGCCAAUGGGUAGAUGCUGCUCCUCCCACCAGCUCUGCAGCGUCAGAAAUUUGCUGGUUUCUCAAGGAAGUCAUCAAGAAUGGAGGUCGUGCCGUGCAGGUGUGCCCCAGCGCGGAGGACGCUUUAGCAUUGGCAGAGGCACGUAAUAAUUACGUUGUACAAGCACACAUUCCGAGCCCCCUGUUAACGGAUAAUGGGCGGAAAUGCCACGUGAAAUUUUACAGUCUCGUGACGUCCGACCACACCAAUGGUUGGAAUUUGUACACAUAUAAGGAUGGUUUUUUGUCGGUGUCCCCGAAUUUAUGGAGUGCCGGAGACCUUUCGGCCGAAACUCAGAUAACGGUGAAACGUAACGUGCGUCUGCAAUUUUCGCCGGACAGUGAGAACAACCAGGAAGGUGCGGUUUCUGCUGCUCCAAUGGAAAACUGGACGGCGGCUGGAAGCUGGCCUAUUUUGUACGGGCGAUGCCGAGAUGCCGUUAGGAGCAUGGUACGAGUCGCCAUUGACGAGGGUAAGCUGAUGAACCGACCGCCUGGUCGGUCUCAAUUUGAAAUCUUCUCGGCCGACUUCAUGCUCGAUACCGAAGGAAGCGUCUGGUUGAUUGAAUUCAACUUCACCCCCGUCUUGUUCGAUCCUUUGUACCACAGUCACGACCCUUCCCGUUUGACUACGGAUGGUUUAAAGCGAUAUCACGCAGAGCACCUAGAAAUGGGGGAUACGGCGCCGAUCAAUGAUCACGACAUGAUUCGCGAUGCCGUAUCCAUAGUGUUUGAUGGUAUACCAGUCAAGCCCGGCCUCACCAAAUGGGAGCACGCAAUGAAGUGCGAUGAUAAACCAUAUCAUGAAUGUCUGUCGCCAACGCAUCCCAUUGACGGAUCGUAG